UAAUCAGAGAGGCCUUCGUCUUGAAGGAAGGAAAGAAGAAAGAGAAAUAGCAAGCAAUGCCCCUAUAUAACUGCGAAUCUGUGAGAGAAGUGUAGACAGACACACCUGCAAGCUAUAGGAUUCUGGAUUCUGCAUCUCCUCUGAGACCCCAGUAAGGGUAUACAAUAUCAAGCAAAGAAAACGGAAUCCAUUUGAAUUGUACCUUUAUAAUUCAUAGAUGGCUGACAUACCUGAAUUCGUUCAGGGAGACAAAAUGGUGGAAAAAGAGGAAAUUCAUCUCAAACUGAAAAGCAAAGACAACGCACCAGGGGAAGAGAAAGUAGAGGAGAAAGAGGCUGAACUUGAAUUGAAGGCCAAAUCUGUAGAGAAAGAGAAGUUGAAACAUAAGGAAGACAAGACUGAGAAGGAUGUGAAACAUGAGGAUAAGGUGCUUGAAGGAGGUGGGGAAUCAAAAAAGAAGGAGAAAGAAAAGAAGAAGGACAAAGAGUCAAAGAAGGAAAAGAAAGAUGACACAGCAGGGAAGUCCAAGGAGAAGGACAAAGAUGGAGAAACCAAGGGGAAAGAAGACAAAAAGAAGGAGAAGGAGAAAAACAAAGAUGGAGAAAACAAGGAGAAAGAAAACAAAAAGAAAGAGAAGGAGAAAAAAGACGAGGAUAAAGAAGAGAAGGAAGACAACAAGAAAGAGGGCAAAGAUGAGAAAUUGAAGGAAAAAGAGGAGAAGAAGAAAAAAGAGAAAAAAGAUAAGGAUAAGGAGAAAAAGGACAAAGAUGGAGAAUCAAAGGGGAAAGAGAAAGAGAAGAAGAAAGACAAAGAUGGCAAAGGCAAGAGCAAUGAUGUUGAGAAGCUGAAGAAGAAGUUAGAGAAGACCAAUACCAAAAUAGAAGCUCUCCUAGAAAAAAAGGCUGACAUCAUGAGGUUGAUCGGUGAAGCUGAGGCAGAAAACUGUGCAAUUGCUGAAAAGCCCAAAGAUACAUUGGUGGGUGGGAAUGUGGCAUAGUGCCCCCCCCCCCCUUCUUUCUCUUUGUUGCAUGUGUGAACUGAAGGUGUUGUUUAUUGAAAUGCUGUAAGAAUUAAAUAUAUCCAUAUGUAAAGUUGUUAUAGUUGUUACUCGAGCAGAAUGGAAAUGGUUUCAGUCGAGGCUACUAUUCUAAUUAUCUUGACACUCUGCUCGACUGUAACCUUUUGUGCUUUAUAUAAGAGCUAAGUUCUCUAGAUGGUUGAUUUUUAAGUAGUGUGUGCAAGAGACUUGUACUCCCUUUCUGAAUUUUGGGCUUAGUACUAUGACUACAUUGUCAUUUGGGGUUGUAACCUAGAAGCAUCACACUAUUAAUUUCUUAUUAACCCAUUUCUCUUUGCAUGUGAUGAGCAUGCUUAUGAAGACACUGUUAUUCAAUACA